CUUUCCUUUCACUACGAGUUGGCAGUGGGUACUCUGAUAAGGAAUUUCUACUCUUUCUAAGGUCGAUCUGACUUAGUCCUCUUCCUCCAUGACUGACGAAGGCGCAUUCGACAUAGUCAUCCUUGGAACUGGUCUCGUGGAAUCCAUUACAGCUGCUGCGCUUUCUAAAGCUGGUUUUAAAGUUGCGCAUAUCGACGAUAAUGCUUAUUACGGUGCUGACGAGGCCAGCCUCUCACUGGAAGAGUUCAUCGAAUGGAUUCAUGAAGAUCACGAAUCAUUCUCUGCGUUCUCCGGCACAUACACUAAAUUGCCUCAUGCACGCCAAUAUUCCAUCUCUCUCUUGCCGUUUGUGAUCCCGUCGGUCGGGGCCCUCAUAUCUGCCCUCAUAGCGUCCGGAGUAUCAAGAUAUGGAGGGUUUCAGCUUGUUGAGCGCGUGGGUAUAUACGAUGCUUCUUCGGGAGCCGUGAAAGGCGUGCCAGGCAGCAAAGAGGACGUGUUCAAGAGCAAGGAUAUCACUCUAGUGGAUAAACGGCGCCUGAUGCGAUUCCUCAUGUUUGCCUCUGGAGAGUUUGAGGGAAAGCCUGAGCUCGAGGGAAGGGAGGAGAUGGCGUUUGGCGAAUUUCUGAAGACGGCAUUCAUGCUCAAUGACGAGACAAUAGCAGCAAUUGUCUAUGCAUUGGCUUUCUGUUUCACUGUCCAUGAUUCCACUCUACGCACAUUACAACGACUCCGCCACUACCUUCGUUCAACCGGACGCUAUGGGUCCUCACCUUUUCUCGUAGGUCACUAUGGCAGCUCAGGUGAAAUCGCACAAGGCUUUUGUCGGACAGCUGCGGUAGCCGGAGGCGUCUACAUUCUUGGCCGCGCCACGUUUUCCAUUACCCACUCCGAUUCCCGAUAUACUAUUACGCUUGAAGAUUUUCCUGAGCCGCUCACUUGCCGCGUCCUGAUUUCGGCUGCAACUCACCUUCCAUCAAAUCUUGCUUUGCAUCAGAGAUACGUUGCAGUUUCUUCACCGGUGCCAACUUUUGGCCACGGUAUGGCACGAUGCGUAGCCAUUAUCGACCAACCGCUGUCAUUCGGCACCAAAGCUCGAUCAACGGACGAAGUCACUGAUGCUCAAACCUUGGAACCCCUUCUUGACACAGGGAUACUCGUUUUUCCACCGAACUCUCUUACAGCAUCUUCAACGUCCGCAACAGCACUUGUCGUUGGUGAAGGGACCCUGUCUACCCCCAAAGACAGGUGGAUCCUCUAUCUAUCUAUGCCCGUCCUUCCCUCAGAAAUGCAUUCAUCAUCGCCAGAAAUCAUCCUCACGCCGUAUCUGACCGCUGCUCUCAAGACGUCCCGGUCCCCUACUCCUCCGGUGCCACUAUUUACCACUUUCUACCUCCAGAAUCCGUUAUCUACUCGUCGCUCAGAGUCCGAAUCUGAUUCCGGAACUUGUUUGGUGUCCCCGCAGCUUCCAAUCGUCCCGCUCCCCGACUCUCCGGAUCUUGCCGUGGAAUAUGCAGAAGCCGUUUUCCGGAAGGCAAAUAAGGCACUUCUACCAGAUGAAGAAUGUGCGCAGUUUUGGCCGCCGUUGGAAGAGGCUGGUGCAGAAGAGGAAUUUUUUUGAGUGUUGGGGUAUCCAAGUUUUGACUCGCGUAGAUUGACAAAUCAUUUUCGUGACUUUUUCAUGUGGUUCAGAACUCCAAGGAACUGUCACAUUGAUCUUCGACGAUUCCGUGGUAACGAGA